UCGGACUACUGACAAUCGUCAUGGGACUCGCGCUCGCAGGGAGCCCGGAAACUCCAGGCGUGGAAAUCACACGAUUAGAGGAAGGAAACGGAAUCCUAACCACUAAAUAUGCGAACCUGCGAAUCUAUCACACGGUGUGGAAUAUGAUUACACAUAUCGACAUAACAAAAUUCCUAGAGAAAAAACAAAUCCUCACACGACACUGGUUGGGAAUUAAAGGGAUCUGUACCCAACUACGAGGCAAUUGUAAUUUUGAAGACCAAUUAGACCAGGUAAUUAAUCGGCUCGAUAUAUUAGACGGUACUCAUCGACACAUGAGAGAAUUGUUAGCAGAAACACCGGAGAGAUCGAAACGAGCGGUCCUCGGAUUUGUCGGGAAAAUAAGCAAGAUUCUUUUCGGGACAAUGGACGAAGAUGCCGCGGACUAUUACGACCAAUACAUAGAAUCCCUACAGAACACAACUAGGGAAACCCUAGCCCUUCUGGCGAAUCAAACGCACAUUAUUCGAUCCGAAUUCGAAUCAAUCCACCAAACUAUUCAAGGUCUAACUAAAGAAAUUAAGACCUUGAACGCGACAGUCUACGUAGCCAUCGGAAACAUCCUUGAACGUAUCGAUACUAUAGGGAUUAAUGGGAAAAUGGCGAGCCUUAUAUCAGCUUUCGAUGCGGAACUGAGCGAAUAUGAGCUCGACACCCAAAUGCUGAUUAACACCAUCCUAUUCGCGAAAAGAGGACAAUUGCACCCGUCAAUUAUGUCGCCAGAAAAUAUCCUGGACGCUGCUAACGAAGUAAUUCAACAUAAUCGGGGGGCGGAGUUCCCGGUCCCCCUAGAAAUCCCAUAUAUCACCGAAUUACUAAAACUCGCGGAUCUGACGGCCUAUUUUCAUAAGGAAAAGGUCGUAUUCGUCAUCACGAUACCAAUACUUGAGUUAACAAAAUAUACCGUGUAUCGACACCUGACGUUGCCGACAAAAAUUAAUAAUACCUCAACAUCUCUAGUGGCCUUUAUAACACCAAGUUAUCCCUACACCGCUAUUUCGGAGGAAGCCAACACCUAUCUCAAGCUUGACAGUGAAGACAUCAACCACUGA